AUGCGCGUUUCCAUUUUCAUCACGAUCUCUGCCCUGGCGUCCGGAAUUGUCAGCCAGCCGUUGGCUCGUCGCUCGGAUGGAGGAUACUCAGCUCGGGCCCACGGCCACGGCGGUCCUGGCGGUCCUGGCGGUCCUGGCGGUCCUGGCGGUCCUGGCGGUCCCGGCUUUGGUUCCGGCGGUCCCGGCCCUAGCGGUCACGGUGCUGGUGACGAUUCCGAUGACGAAGAUCCCAUGGAUGUCAUCGAUAGACUCAGAGGAGGCGGUGGCAACUUAAGAUCCGAAAUUAUCAAGCAGUCCACAAUUAUGGCGCCAAAACAGACUUCAAGAGGAGGAGUGUUUUCAUGGAACUCCGUGAAGAGUAAUACAAAGCUUGUGCAAAAGUCAUCAUCAAGCCACAGGUACGGGAGAUACUAG